UCGCGUAUAAAUAAACAAACACCUACUUUAGAAACGGCAAGCAACUCGACAUUGUCCUGUUUAACAAUCGUGCCGUGGACCACGGCAAACCCACCCAAUCACUUAGUUGAAUUUACUAGCGACAUGAAUUUCGCCCACCUUUUCGCAGUCCUCACAUUUUUCGAAGCAGCUUGUAAAUUCACGGAAAUGCAGACUAUUACGGUUUGGAAGAGAUAUUUGCACCAGAAGAGGGGAAAACGUCCCUGCAUGUUCACCAUUUUUGCACAUAUAUUCCAAACUUAUUAUGCGUUUUCUUCUUUUUGGAUUCCAAUAUCUCCGUCAAACGAAAAUAGCACAAGCUGCGUGGAAAGAACCCCGUUCUGCCUGAGGCAUUCCGACUGUUGUGGUCAUCGAUGCGUUCCAUUCAUUUCGCACAUUAUCUCAGCCACAACAGUGUACAACACCCUUGUCAAUGUAGGACUACGGGGUGAGAGUCAAUUUGAUCUCUCCAGCUUGCGCGUCUGUUCGACAGAAAUGCUGACAGGCGACAAAGUAUCGACUCCGGAUGAGUGGGAACUAGAAAAAGCGUUGUCUAGGACAAUACCACCGGAACCGCCAUCAAUAACAGGACCCACGCCAGCGCCGCCACCGCCAUCACAUUACCCACCCCCGGCACCGUCGGGACCUGCACCUGAACCUGCACCACCGUUCCCAGGUUGUCAGUACCCACAGUACCCUAAUUGGUAUCCGAAAACGUUGCAACGUAAUGUCGCCAUGGAGUUGGAGAAAUUUACGGAGUUUGUUCCCACUGCUUGUCGCCCUUAUGUAGAAGAUAUCACGAAAAUAUUUGGCCCAUAUGCGAAUCAUAAUCCUGUGGAGAAAGUGUCAUACGGAGAUGAUUGUGCGGCUGAUGCCCACGUAGAUAAGGAAACCUGGGCCUUUGUAUAUUAAAUUGCUAACCAUAAAAUAUAUAUAUACUGUCAGAUAAACUGGAAGAUUAAAUCAGUUUUAUACAUUGGUA